UCAUUUACCCAUCAAGUAGCCGGUUCGAAAAUACCAACAUUUCGAAACAAAAUUUCAAAAUUUAAACAACAUCUUCCUACUCCUCCUUUUUCCUGCUCCUCCACCUCCUCAUCGCUCCAAACUCAUCACAUCAUGUCGCAUCGUGUUCAAAUGCGUUGCGAUGAUUAUGAUGUUAUUGGAGCUGUUCCUCGCGAUUUUUCCGUAAUAAAAAAUUUCCUUAAAGGAGAUUGUGCUGUAAAGCGUCUUAUAGACAUUGAAGAGGAAAUCAUACGGGAAACUGAAGCUCGAAAUGAGGAGUCAAAGCCACCGGUUCAGCCUCAGCCCAGGCAGAAAAGGAAAUCAAAUGGGAAUGGCAAGGCCAAUGGCAAUGGUAAAGAAGAUGACCGACGGAAGAGCAAAGACAGUGCAAAUGGGAAUGACGAUAAAAGGGAAUCAGUUGCAAAGGAUCCAUGUGAAAGCCUAACACCACCCGAAGACAAAAUGCCGAACUAUUGUGAUCCUUGUGGUCAGUUAAAGACAUCUUUGGUUUUGGAAGAGCUAACAACGCCAGCACUCACGAAUCCGGCACUUAAUAAACCAUCGUAUUCCUAUUUCGACGAGGAGACCGUAAUGGGCAGUGCAUUGCCCGUUAAAUAUCGUUUCCGUCGGAAUUGCAAAAACAAUGAUUACGACAAACCAAUGAAUUUGAUGUCCAAUCCUACAGAUAACACCAAUGUGGUGGUGCUCACAAAUUGCUGUGAUCUUUUGGUCUGGCCCAGCCAGAGAGUACAACAAAUGAAUCGUGUUCCCGUGACCAUGAUAUCAGGAUCUGGAGACCUUACCGAAUAUAUGCUGGAAGAGGAGACUGUCAUGUAGUAAAUAUCUGGCCAAACUACAGACAAAAUAAAAAAGGAAACCCAUCAAAGAAGAAUAAAUAAAAGGAAAGGAACAACAAGAAAUGGAACAAUUGCUUUUCUAUUGAUUGGGAAGUCUUUUAAGAGAAGCGUCAAUAGGUCGACAAACUUGUGGGAUUUCUGAAACACCAUCGCGCCAUUUGUGAAUCGACUUAUUUAUGCAGUACACAAAAGUCAAUUUAUGCCAACCCAUGCAAAUCUCUUUGAAUUCUGUUCCUUCAAAUUUAAGAUCGAACUCUCGCCCACUCUCAGGUAGAUUUAGACGGCACUCUAGUUUACAUAAGCCAAACCCCAGGUGUAGAUGACAUCUGAUCUAUAUGUAAUAUGCAGUAGUAUUAGCUACAAAGUUGAAUCACUUUAAGGGAAAUAUAUAUACAUAUGCUCUUUCCACAUGUCGAUGGAGGCUGUGGCGGUGGUUGUUGGCUGUGUCGGGUUAACUUGUUAGUUACAUUACAAUUAAAUCAUGGCAAUUAAGUUAUA